UUAUACUGUUAUAGCCAAAAUGUUUAUAAUUUUUUUAGAUUAUUAUGUUCCUGUCUAAAAACCAAGUUUAUUGAAAACUGCACUUGGAUAGAUUGGGUCAUCAUGACUUUGAAGAAAUAAGUCAACAUGUCGGUGAUAAAAUUUCUUCAGAAGACUUUCUAUAGACGUAUAACAAACCACACGACUGUAAAUUUGAAAAUUGCAAAACGAUCAAUUCAAAUUCAACCUAACUCUGACGGGAGCACUGAACAAACUUUAAUAAACCCACUCCAACAUGAGGAUUAUUUUGGUGUGAGAAAGUUGGUUACAGUGGAGGAUCUAUUCAAUGCAAGAGUACAUUACGGACAUAAAGAGGGAUGUCGAAACCAAAAUAUGCAGCCUUAUAUAUUUGGUUGCAGAAAUGGAGUCGAUGUGAUAAACCUCGAUGAAACAUUAGAACAUUUAUUUCAAGCUUUGAAUUUCUUGUCUCAUGUUGUUUACGCCGAUGGAAUCAUUCUUUUUAUUAUGCAUUCACAUAUCUAUGGCCAUGCUGUUGAAAAAAUGGCUCGCGAGUGUGGAGAGUAUGCUUUAGCGCGAACCUAUUAUAGACAUUACUUUUUGACGCCUGAUCGACAUGCGGCAAAAUUACCUAGUUUGUGUGUGUUUUUAUCUUUAUUGAAUAAUGUAAACCAACAGCAUUCAUGCAUCUCUGACUGUGCGAAAGUGAAUAUACCUACAAUGGGAAUUGCAGAUACAAAUUCAGAUCCUUGUUUAGUUACUUAUCCAGUUCCCGGUAAUGAUGAUUCUCUCCUGUCUAUUGAGCUUUAUUUGAGACUUUUCGAAACUUGUGUCAAAAAUGCUAAACAAAAGAAAAAAGAAGACACAGCUCAUGCUGUUGAUUCUAUUGAGAAGAUUCAAUGAAUUUGUAACAUUGAGUAAUUUUAUUGCUGGCAAUCAUAUCUACAUUAGGCUGUAAUAAUAUUAACAAAUGCUCUCUGAUGGUAAAAUCUACAAUGUGUUUGAUUUAUUAGGGGGUUUCAUACUUUAUACUAUGUAAUCAUAAUUGUGUUUUUAG